AAGAGAAAUGAACACCUGGCACUGUCUCGCUCCAUUUCUUCUUACACUCUUGUCUCAUCUUUCUCCGCUGCACUUCACAGUAACCCCAACCCAACAUCCCCCCACUCCAACUACUCAAAAACCAGCUGAAAAAUUCUCAAGAAUUAUCUCUCAUUCUUUAAUAUAUAUUUCUUAUUGUUCGAUAUAAUCAAUUCGCCUGCUGACAUUUCCUUUUCAUACCCUCAAAUUUAACGCCAAACAGUAAUUUGAUUUGGCCCUCAAGUUCCCCAUAAGUAAGAUCAUUUAAUUUUCUUUUGUGCUGAAUUAAUGGCGAUUCACGCGGCUGUCUUGAGCUUCGGCUGUGUCUCCUUGAAUUAUCACGCUUCUGGGCCAUCCCGUAGGUUGUUUGGGCCCUCUGUUCUCCGGCAGCGCAAAGUCAAAGCACCUGUUUUCUCUUUUCCGUCGCCGGCUUCAUUUCCACGCUUCAGACUUCAAGGAAAAGCACUAGAAAGCAAUGAUGGGGCAUUGGAAAAGGAGGAGUCUCUUGUGGUCUGUUUUGGGGAAAUGCUGAUUGAUUUCGUCCCAACCACAAGUGGACUCUCCUUGGCUGAAUCACCGGCAUUUAAGAAAGCUCCUGGAGGUGCACCUGCUAAUGUGGCUGUUGGCAUAGCUCGCCUUGGCGGUUCAUCAGCUUUCAUUGGAAAGGUGGGUGAAGAUGAAUUUGGUUACAUGCUUGCUGAUAUUCUGAAGGAGAACAAUGUGAACAAUGAAGGAAUGCGGUUUGACCCUGGUGCUCGAACUGCUUUAGCAUUUGUAACACUCAGAAAGGAUGGGGAGCGUGAAUUCAUGUUUUAUCGUAAUCCUAGUGCUGAUAUGUUGCUUCAAGUAGCUGAACUUGAUCUUGAUUUGAUUAAGAAGGCCAAAGUUUUCCAUUAUGGUUCUAUAAGCUUGAUUACAGAACCUUGCAAAUCGGCCCACAUUGCUGCCGCAAAAGCUGCUAAAGAUGCUGGUGUGAUCUUAUCGUAUGAUCCAAAUUUGCGGCUUCCAUUGUGGCCAUCAGCAGAAAGUGCUCGAGAAGGCAUCCUAAGCAUAUGGGACAUUGCUGACAUAAUUAAGAUAAGUGAGGAGGAGAUACGCUUUUUAACCCAAGGGGAAGAUCCAUAUGAUGACAGUGUCGUUCGCAAAUUGUACCAUCCGAAUCUUAAAUUACUUCUAGUUACCGAAGGCCCAGAUGGUUGCAGAUACUACACCAAGGAGUUCAAUGGAAGAGUUAAGGGUUUGAGUGUGGAUUGCAUUGAUGCAACAGGUGCCGGGGAUGCUUUUGUAGCUGGAAUUUUAUCACAGAUAGCUGCUGAUAUCUCACUGCUUCAGAACGAAAACCAACUGAGAGAUGCUCUGAAAUUUGCUAAUGCUUGUGGUGCCUUGACUGUGACUGAGAGAGGUGCAAUUCCAGCUUUGCCAACUAGAGAAGCUGUGCUAAAUGCCCUAUUCAAGUCAGUAGCAUAGACGUUUCUCCAAAUCUAUGCAAUUCCAUGGCCGGCUGAUCAAAUGUCCAUCUCAUAUUUAUCAUUAUAGAUCAUCUAGCAUAAUAAUGUGGAGCUGAUUGACUGAAAUUUUUAGUUUAGUUUAGGAUUUAAACACUGGUUCAUCUCCUAAAUCUGAUUUUCUCUUCUUCUUUUUUGAAGUAUGCUAGAAUCUUGAUUGUAAUAUUAUCUGUAAGUGAUGGAGAGCGAUGAUAUUUUGCCUGUUCUAUCCACUGGAAUUACAAUACGCCAAGUGUAAGCUAUGUUAGCCAUUGAGCUUUGAGGGCUCAGUUGUCAUCACAAGAUGUGAUGCUUGAACGUUUAUUGAACUCAAUUAGAUGUUUUGUGUA